AUGCCGGCAAAAAAAGUUCGUUUUACAACGCUCGAUUUGAAAGCUGGUAUAGCUACAAUACGAAAACGAUUUAUUGGAGUAAGAGUAGCGAAUAUCUACGACGUUGACAACAAAACAUACUUGAUUAAAUUCUCAAAACCAGAUGACAAAGGUGUAUUACUUAUUGAAUCAGCCACACGUAUUCAUACAACAGAAUUUGACUGGCCAAAAGGAUUAAUACCAUCCGGUUUUUCUAUGAAACUUCGUAAACAUUUAAAAUCUCGACGUUUAGAAUCAAUUGAACAACUUGGUAUUGAUCGUAUUGUUGACAUGCAGUUUGGCAGCGGAGAAGCAGCGUAUCAUUUAAUUGUUGAAUUAUACGAUAGGGGCAAUAUUAUAUUGACCGAUUACAAGUAUAUGAUUUUAACAUUACUUCGUAAACGUUUGGAUCAGUCUACAGAUGAAAAGUUUGCCGUAAAUGAAACAUAUGCAAUUGAGAAUGUUAGACAACAAGAAGAUUUAUUAUCCAUUGAAAAAUUGUCUGAAAUUCUUAAAAAUUCACAAGCAAAUGAAUCGAUCAAGAAAAUAUUAAAUCCACUUUUGCCAUUUGGUUCAGCUGUUGUGGAUGAAUGUUUAUUAAAGGCUGGUUUUAAUGAAAAUUGUCUUUUGGGAAAAAAUUUUGAUGUGAACAAUGAUGUUGAGAAAUUACACAAUGAACUUAAAUUAGCUAUGAAUUAUUUACAUAAAGCUGAUUCGGGUGAUUGUAAAGGUUAUAUUAUCUACCGUAAAGAGAAAAAAACAUCUAAUAUAUCGUCAGUCACCACAGCAGCAUCUGUCGUGCCCAAUGAAUUACUCAAUUAUGAAGAAUUUCAUCCAUUUUUAUUCAAACAAUUUGAAAAUAAAGCAUAUUUAGAAUUGGAAACGUUUGAUCGUGCUGUCGAUGAAUUUUUUUCUAAAAUUGAAUCACAACGUGUUGACUCACAAAUAUUACAUAAAGAAAAAGAGGCAUUGAAGAAACUUGAUAAUGUUAAACAGGAUCAGUUAAAACGUUUACAAGAAUUAAAAUCUAUACAAGAUGAAGAUGUUCGAAAAGCUCGUCUAAUUAUAAUGAACAGUGAUUUAGUAACAAAAGCAAUAUUAGCUAUUAAUACGGCUGUUGCUAACCAAUAUAGUUGGACGGAAAUAAAAGAAUUUGUUGAUGAUGCUAAACAACAAAAUGAUCAAGUAGCAAAAAUAAUUAAAGAUAUUAAAUUUGAAAUUAAUCAUAUUACAUUAUUACUCAAAUGUCCGUCUGCUGAUGAUGAUGAAGAAGAUGAAAACGAGAAUGAGUUUGCACCUGUUAAGAUUGAUAUUGAUCUUUCAUUAUCGGCCUAUGCAAAUGCUGAAAAAUAUUACGAUCAUAAAAAACAAUCAUCAAACAAAGAAAUUCGUACGAUUGAAGCAGGGGAAAAAGCUAUUAAAUCUGCGCAUAGGAAAACAAAAGAGUUGCUGAAAGAAGUACAACGAGUUGCUACAAUUACAAAAGCAAGAAAACUAUUUUGGUUCGAAAAGUUCUUUUGGUUUAUCAGUUCAGAUAACUAUUUGGUUGUUGGUGGACGUGAUUCACAACAAAAUGAAUUGUUAGUUAAACGAUAUUUGAAACAAGGUGAUUUGUACGUUCAUGCUGAUUUACAUGGUGCUUCAAGUAUUAUUAUAAAGAAUCCAACAGAUAAUGAUGUACCACCGCGGACACUACAAGAAGCGGGUGUGAUGGCUUCUUGUUAUAGUGCAGCAUGGGAAGCAAAAGUACCAGCACCAGCUUAUUGGGUUAAACAUGAUCAAGUGUCAAAAACAGCUCCGAGUGGUGAAUAUUUGACAUCGGGAGCAUUUAUGAUUAGAGGAAAACGUAAUUAUUUACCAAGUGGUGUGUUACAUUAUGGGCUUGCAUUGUUAUUUAAGUUUGAUGAAAGUGACGAAGCAGCUAUUGAACGUCAUAAAGAGGACAGAAAACCCAAAACAACGGUUGAUGAAAAAGAUGAUAAACUCUCUCUAGUUGAAAAUGUCGAUGAGCAGCAAAUUGAAGUAUCUGAUGAGGAAGAGAGUCAGGACGAUUCGGAGAAACCUGUGCAACAAUCAACGGACAUUUCAGAAAUACCUUCAUCUCACACUAAAGAAACAAUAUCUUCUUCAGAAGAGUCCGAUAACGAAUAUCCUGAUACUCAAAUUGUUUAUCAGCACACAACUGCUGGAGAAUUUCGUUUAUCAACAACAUCUACAUCUCCUCGUGUUUCUGAAUCGUCUACAACUGAAUCAAAACAACAGCAACAUGGUCAUCGUUAUCUAACGAAACAAGAACGAAAAGCAUUGAAAACUGGAAGAGAGAUAGUAAACGAAGAAAAACAACAAGAGGAAGAAGAGGAAGAAAAUGCUACUGAUGAACAAAAAAGUUUGGAUUCUGAAUCCAUACAACAGCAAAAUCAACAAUUACCAUUAAAACGUGGUCAACGGUCGCGUAUGAAAAAAAUGAAAGAAAAAUACGCAGAUCAAGACGACGAAGAUCGUGAAAUACGAAUGAAAUUAUUAUGUUCAGCGGGAAGUAAUGAGCAGCACAAUAGAAAAGGCGGUAGUAAAAAGAACAAAAAAAAACAACAGACUAUUGUACAAAAACCAAAUCAUCAAGUACCACCCUUAUCUACUAACAUACCAAAACCGAAACCUCUUCCACCUCGUCAACUGAAAGAAUCCGGUGGGGAUACGGGAGUAAUAGUAGAAGAAGUUAUUGACGAUGAGGAUGAACAAGAGAAGAAUAAAGCAGAAACUGAUGAUUAUCGUUUAUUAUCAACAAUAACUGGACAACCCGUCACAGAUGAUCCAUUAAUUUAUGUAAUACCUGUUUGUGCUCCAUGGAGUACUUUACAGUCUUAUAAAUAUAAAAUAAAGUUAUCGCCAGGAACAGGAAAAAAAGGGAAAAGUGUACAAACAGUAUUGAAAUAUUUCAUGUAUGACAAAACAGCAACAAACUUAGAGAAAGAUCUUAUUAAAUCAAUUAAAGAUCAAGAUAUAUCACGAAAUUUACCUGGAAAAGUAAAAUUGAGUUUACCAGCUUCACUUAAAUAG